UGGGGCCAGGGGUCUCUCUGGGGCUGGGGUGCAGUGACAGUCAGUGGGGCCAGGGGUCUCUCUGGGACUGGCGGCGGUAUGGAGUCAGCACCUGGGCCCAGCUGUUUCCCCAGGGCAGUGACACCUCCCCCUGGCUGCUUGGUGGGAACGUCGCUUUGAGCAGCCAGAACAGGAGGGUGUUUUCUUGCCCAGCUGAACAUGCUGCGGGGCCCCAGCCACCGUGGCUCUGCCAUGCUCCUCCUCGGGCUGCUCCUGCCCCCCACCGCCUCCCGCGCCCACUGCCCAGGACGCCAGCAGCUGCCUGCAGCUCCCAGAACCGAGCCCCUGGAGAUGACGCGAGUCCAGGCUCUUCGAACGCUCGGAGGCGGCAAAGGCCUCGGACUCCUGCCCCGGCCCUGGGGGUCGCACCCUGGCUCCACUGCUGUCAAACCCAGGCGCCCGUGGAUGGGGAUGGACCUGCUGGAGUUUUAGCUGAGUGAGGACAGGAUCAGGCCCUCCAAGGACGAUCCAGACGGUGCCCUGUGUGAUCAGGGCCCAGGCGCUGGGGGAAAGGGUCAUUUACAGGGCUUGGCUUGGAGAGGUUCACUAAGCGAUGGGACUUCUCCCCCAGGCACGCUGAAGUCCACAUUGCCUUGCGUCAUCUGCCUCCGGAGAGCAGCUCUCAGCGGCCAGUCUGCACUGAGCCGCAGCGGGAAACGAAACCGACCGGGGAGCCAGGAAUCACAAGCAGGGCGUGCCAGGGCAAAGAGCCAGCUGGAGCUGCCGUGAAGCGACGGGGCCCUGCAAACGCCUGCAGCCGGGGCCACGCUCACACUGCCCUCCCCACUGCUCCUGCUGUAGACGUUGGCUGCAGCCCAGGCUCCCGCAAGGGGCUCUAAGCGGCGAGGGCCGGGCUAGGCCGGCUCCCAUGGCUCCGGAUCUCUACGAGACGCCCGCUCGGAAGCUGGAUAAGUUCAUUUUCGACGCUCUGCAGCCCGACAGCACGUUCCUGCGCCAGGCUGGCCAAGCCAUCGACACGAUCUGUGAGUUCCUGAAAAGAAACUGCUUCGCCGACCGGCCCCCGCCCCGCAUCAAGGUGCUGAAGGUUGUGAAGGGUGGCUCCUUGGGCAAAGGCACGUCCCUGAAAAGCAGUUCCGAUGCCGACCUCGUGGUGUUCCUCAGCUGCUUCAAAGGGUACGACGACCAGGAGACGAACCGGGCCGGGAUCAUCAAGGAGAUCGAGAGGAUGCUGGAGAAGUGCCAGCAGCAGAGGCACUUCGAGGUGUUCAUUGAGCAGUCCCGGUGGCCGAACCCCCGUGUGCUGAGCUUCAUGAUGAGUUCCAAGACGCUCAAUGAAUCCAUCGAGUUUGACGUGCUGCCAGCCUACAACGCCCUGUCCUCGGGUGCCAAGCCUUCCUCCCAGGUGUACGAGGAGCUGAUCCAAAGCUGCUCCCGGGGGGGCGAGUUCUCCACCUGCUUCACCGAGCUGCAGCGGGAUUUCGUGGUGGAUCGCCGCACCAAAGUGAAAAGCCUGAUCCGCCUGGUGAAAUACUGGUACAAGCAGCACAUCCGUCCAUACAAAGAGUACCUGGGAAAGGGGGAAUCCCUGCCCCCCCAGUACGCGCUGGAGCUCCUGUCUGUCUACGCAUGGGAGCAGGGCAGCAGGGAUCGAGCUUUCGACAUGGCCGAGGGCUUCCGGACGGUGCUGGAGCUGAUCCGGCAGUACAAGCAGCUCUGUGUCUAUUGGACCAUCAACUACAACUUUGCAGAUGAGGUCCUGGGAGGGUUCCUGCACCACCAGCUCCAGAAAGCCAGGCCCAUCAUCCUGGACCCGGCGGAUCCGACGGGGAUCGUGGGGGAGGGGAGCCGCUGGGACCUGGUGGCACAGGAGGCUGAGUGCUGCUGUCACCAGCAAUGCUGCAUGGACCUCUACGGCGUUCCUGUGCAACCCUGGGACGUGUCGCCUGAGCAAACCCCCAAAGGGAGCAGGGGCUUUGAGAUCCACACCGGAGCGCAAGAACAUCCAGUCUCAGCCCCUCCGCCUGGGCCAGCCUCCACCAGUAACGAAGCCAUGGCGGUCCAGCAGCCGUCCUUCUGCACCGUCCUCGCAGCCCCUGUUGUCUCCUCACCACCACCAGUCAUGGGGCUCUACCAGACAGCAGCUGAGGAACUCGAUACAUUCAUCAGCAAUGACCUGCAGCCCAACAGAGUUUUCAAGAACCAGAUCAGCACAGCCAUUCACAUCAUCUUCCUAUUUCUGACCCAAAACUGCUUCAGAAACUCCGGCUCUGCAAUGCGGGUGCUGAAGGUGGUUAAGGCCGGCUCGUCGGGGAAGGGCACGGCCCUGAAAGACGUCUCCGAUGUGGACCUCGUCGUGUUUGUCAGCUCGAUUACGAAUUUCCAGGCCCUGAAAGCAGAACGGAAAAAAAUCAUUGCUGAAAUCCAGACAAGGCUGGAGGAAUGCAGAGAGUCCCUGGGAAAAGACCUAGAGCUGAGCAUUAAGAAAACAAAGUGGGAGAACCCCCGUGUGCUCACUUUUACCCUAAAAUCGAAUACCAUGGAUGAACAUAUUGAUUUUGACGUGCUGCCGGCUUUCGACGCUCUAGGCCAGCUGUACAGAGGCUAUAAACCCGACCCCCAGGUGUACAUCAGGCUGAUGGAGAGCGAUCCCGAAGGGAGCGAGUUCUCCCCCUGCUUCACCGAGCUGCAGAGGAAUUUCGUCAUGGCUCUCCCCACCAAACUGAAGAGUCUGAUCCGCCUGGUGAAACGCUGGUACAAACAGUACGUCCUUCCCCACAAAAAGAAGCUGAGGGGGAAAGAGUCCCUGCCCCCCCAGUACGCGCUGGAGCUCCUGUCUGUCUACGCCUGGGAGAGAGGGGGCAGGGAUCCAGCCUUCAACAUGGCCGAGGGCUUCCGGACGGUGCUGGAGCUGAUCCGGCAGCACGCCAAGCUCUGUGUCUUUUGGACCAUCAACUACGGCUUUGCGAAUGAAACCCUGGGAUCGUACCUGAAGUCUCAGCUCCGCAAAUCCAGGCCCAUCAUCCUGGACCCGGCGGAUCCGACGGGGAUCGUGGGGCAGGGGAGCCGCUGGGACCUGGUUGCAGGGGAGGCCGAGCUCUGCUGUGCCCAGCAAUGCUGCCGGAAGCGCAAUGGAGCCGCGGUUCAGCCCUGGAAUGUGCCGCUGCAGCAGACACAGAUUGCAGCUGAAAGUGAUUUCGUGCUGCAUUCUCGGACUGCGGAUGAAGAAUACCCCAUCACUGAGAACCGGAUGUUUGCACCUGGCGGCCACGCUGCCCCGGCCAUGGGGCCAGCACAGCCUGCAGAGCAGGAAUCCUACUGCACGCUCCUCUGACAGCUGCCUCUCAGCCCCCCACCCCGUCAGGAGCCCUCCCUGGGGCAGGGUGGGCAUUACUGGGGGGGUCUCUCCCUGCUCUGCAACUUCCUCCUUUCAGAAAAUGGCCCCUGGGGGCCGGUUGAGGACCAGCCCUGGUGGGACGUGACCAAUCGGCUCGUGCUGCGUGCUCCCCCAGCUCCGUUCCCCCUCCCUGCUCUCUCUGGGCUUGGCUGCAGUGAGAGCCAGACCCCUGCAUCCCUCCUGCCCCAGUGACAACAGGCAGCACCCCGUCCUGAGUGUGAUGGAGAGCGCUCCCUGGCACAGAGGGAGCCGGGCCUAUAAUAACGAUCCCCUGUUCUGAGCACCUGGCUCUGUCUCCGGCCAAGGGUAGAUCCCCUGACGGUGACUCUGGUUCUUGCCUCGGCUGCCUGCCUGGGGCUUGGCACCCGCUCCCUGUCCGGCACUGGGUGAGAGGAGCAAGACCUGGGUGGCACUAGCGCUGCCCCAGCAGGGCCAGGUGUGGAGGGGACGUCGAGGGGUUCAGAGUCGGGGGAUGGGGAUGGUUCGGGAAGGGAACACGGCUCGCGUUUGCUCCUUGACACUCUGCCCCAAAGGGAUGGGGCAUGCGGGAGACUGGCAGCCGUAGCUGCCCCCUGCCUUCUGCUUCACUCCCAGCACGUGCCCUGGUGCCUCCCUUCUCCUUCCCCCACCUCCGGUGCAGGGGACCCGGGAAGGGGGCGGAAUUGCUCUCACUGGCUCUGCGUGAUGGGCACUGUGAUCUCCGAGUAUUUCCCUUGCCAGCCUCAGGCGACUGGUUCCUGGGGGUGUCAAUCUGUGACGUGGUUUCUCCGGCCUGGGGGUAUUUGCCCUUCCUGCUGCUUGCUGAGAUAUGUGCCGUUUUGGGGCAUGUUUGAAGGACGGCUGGUGGGGAGCCACACACCCAAUGGGGCAAAUCCCCCUUGAGUGAAACACGGGUCUCGCUGGGUUUCUAUUGGCUGGGCAGGAAUGGAGGUGGGAGGGGGUUAGUCUGACACUGCCCCACAGGGACAUGUUUCCGAGUGUGCUGGGGAAGGUGUUUGCAGGGAGAGUUUAUCCUGGAACGUCCCCUUGGACACAGCUGGGAUUUAGUGUCAAACACGUCAUUUAUUCCCAUGAACCCAGCCGAUCCGCCCCCCCCCCCCCCCCCCGCCAGGGAGGAGGAGCUGGGGCCUAUUGCAGCUUGGGUAUCGGCAACAGAUUGCGAGCUACAGUCAAUCCUCAUUAGCGUCACUUUAUUAGCGGUGACGGGGGUGAAUACAGCUGUGCUUGCACCUUGAAUCUCCCGGGACUGUACAGUCUCAGAACCAGGCAGCCGUUCGGCUGAGUCGGGGAGACGCACACCGUGCUCUUUCAUGGAGACUUUGCCUAGGUCCUUUCUUGUAUUUUUAUUGUUCUCUUAACGGAAAUAAAGGUCACUUGCUGUAUGACGGGA